CAGCACCAGCAUCCCCGCUCUGCUGAAACAGCCACUGGAGAAGGAGGGGAGGGAGAGGGGGGAAGAAGAGGACACAGGGAAGAAAGAGAGAGGUAAAAACAGAGCCUCAUAACCCACCACACCGCAUCAGCAUCAGGCUAGAAAAACUGGGGGAAGACCCACCCCCUUGGGAGAGGAUCUGGAGACAAAGGAAGCUUCAUGUUCAAAGGCCCAGUGGAGAGCAAAAACGAAGCAGCCAUGUCUGAGCUGGUCCCAGAGCCACGACAAAAACCAGUCGUACCGAUGAAACCCAUGGGCAUUAAUGCCAACUUACUGGGCUACAUCGGUAUUGACACCAUCAUUGAGCAGAUGCGCAAGAAAACCAUGAAGACGGGUUUCGACUUCAACAUCAUGGUUGUAGGUCAGAGUGGACUGGGAAAGUCAACAUUGGUGAACACCCUCUUCAAAUCCCAGGUGAGCCGCAAAUCUUCAGGCUGGAACCGGGAGGAGAAAAUCCCCAAGACAGUGGAGAUCAAAGCCAUUGGGCAUGUCAUUGAAGAAGGUGGUGUCAAAAUGAAGCUGACAGUGAUCGACACGCCGGGAUUCGGGGACCAGAUCAACAAUGAGAACUGCUGGGAGCCUAUUGAGAAAUAUAUCAAUGAGCAAUACGAAAAAUUUUUGAAAGAGGAGGUGAAUAUUGCAAGGAAGAAACGAAUUCCGGACACGCGAGUGCACUGCUGCCUCUACUUCAUCUCCCCCACAGGCCACUCCUUGCGGCCUUUGGACCUGGAGUUCAUGAAACAUCUCAGCAAGGUAGUGAACAUCAUCCCGGUCAUUGCCAAGGCUGACACCAUGACCUUGGAGGAGAAGACCGAAUUCAAACAGAGAGUGCGCAAAGAGCUAGAAGUAAACGGGAUCGAGUUUUACCCCCAGAAAGAAUUUGACGAGGACUUGGAGGAUAAAACAGAGAAUGACAAAAUCAGGCAGGAAAGCAUGCCCUUUGCAGUAGUGGGCAGCGACAAGGAGUACCAAGUUAAUGGCAAAAGAGUCCUGGGCAGGAAAACACCUUGGGGAAUCAUUGAAGUGGAAAACCUCACUCACUGUGAAUUUGCCCUACUUCGAGACUUUGUCAUCAGGACCCACCUUCAGGACCUAAAAGAAGUGACCCACAACAUCCACUAUGAGACCUACAGGGCCAAGCGGCUGAAUGACAAUGGAGGGCUGCCCCCCAUGACUGCCGAGACAGAAGAAAACCACGAAAGUAACCUGUGAAUGACCCCCAUCUUUGCUGUCACCCAGUGUCUCUGGAUACGAGAACCCACCCCUGCUACCCUUGACUCUACCAUGGGCCUGUUUCUGAAGCAUGUGGCGCAUCCUUCGUGUGCGUGAGAGGAUGCAAGCGUGAGUGUGUGUGCGUGUGUGCGUGUACCUACCUAUGUGCCGGGGAGUGACCAAAGGCAUCUCCCCUGUCCUUCCCAGAGUGUCCUCAUUCUCAGUUUGUUUUUUUGCACAGCGGACUGUCCGUCACCUACCUUUCUCUUGUUUCUGUGUCUCAGCUGUGUGUCUUGCCUGAGGGAAAUGGGAGGGGGGGAAGGAUUUCUGGGAGCAGGAAGGCUUCAGGGGUGGGAGGUGUGGGGCAUGCUGUGGUCCUGUUUUUAUCACUUGGAGACAUGGCAAGGAGAGACUCCAGGAGAGAU